AUGCAACUUUCACGGGUGUGUGAGUCCGAGUGUGGGUUUUUCAACAGGGGAAAGGAGCUUGCAAUGGAUCUUGCCCUGAACUUUCUGGUGAGUGGAGCGCUGGAUAUUGUCGCCUCGGAGGCAGUCGCGGAAGUCCUCGAGGCCGCGGGCCAGGAAGAUAUUCUUGAAAAAGUGUCCACCCAGCUCAAGAAGCAGGAGGAGGCCCUGAACGCCCUCAGAGAGAAGGACCUAUACACGGCAAUGCAAUACUUCAGGCUGGCUGUCACGGAAGAGGAUGCAAACGAGAGCAAGGAGGACUACAAAAAGGCGGAAGAAUAUGCGAUGAAGGCAUUCACCGUGGUCCCCGAUCCCAUGCAGAAAGUGGAGGCCACAAAAAUCGCCAUAGCCUCUGCUUACUUUUCGCGUGUGAGGUGCGAUCCCUCGAGCGAGACGGCGAGGCAGGGGCUGCAGAGGGCAUCGCAGCACUUGACCAGAUUGCUGGACGAGAAGAAGAUGAAGAAGGUGAUGCGUCCCAGAACAGACACUUGGGUAGAGUACAUGACGACGAGCAGGAAGCACAAGGAGCGUGCGGCGUCCGUAGGAGCCAUCAUCAAGGGAUUCUUGGAACUGCCCAGGAUGGGCGUCACGGAGGAAUUCGUGCGCAUUCCGGACGACCAGCGCAGUCUGGCUCACAUCCUCGCGGAGAUGGCGUUCGACAAGGAGGCGGAGAUGAAGGGCCACUCCGGCCCUGUGGAAUGCCUGGCGACGGUGAAGGGGUGGCUGUUCUCAGGGUCCCAGGACCAUAGCGUCCGAGUGUGGAGCAUGGCGACGUGGGAUUGCGAGGCCACCCUGGAGAAUCACACAGCCGGUGUGAGGUCGCUGGUUGCGACGGACGACUGGCUGUUUUCCGGGUGCGACGACGGGAGCAUAUUGGUGUGGAGGAUUGGGUCCUGGGAGAAGGAAACGGCCCUUUCCGGGCACAAAGCGUGCGUAGCGUCGAUGGUUGCUGUGGAGGAUUCUCUCAUUUCAGGCUCCGCGGACGCCACCGUCAGGGUUUGGAAAACUGGGCGUGGUUGGUGGAAGCGCCACCCGCAAGUAAUCAAGAGCCAUCAAGAAUGCGUCACGGCCGUGUCGGCCAGCCAGAAGUACUUAUUUUCGGCGUCGGAGGACCGCACCGCACGCGUCUGGAGGAUUUCUGCCAUGACCAUGCCCGGGUAUUGGAAAUGCUGCCAGACUCUGAAGGGCCACGACGGUCACGUGACCGCGCUUGCGGCCACGAGGGAGCUGCUGUUCACCGGCUCAAGCGACAAGGCGAUACGGGUAUGGAAGAUGUGUGAAAAGAGAAUCAUGUCCAACACGUGGGAGUGCGUCAAGGUGCUGAAGGACAGUGCCGGAAGCGUCACGUCUCUGGCCGUCCACGAGCACUAUUUGAUCUCGGCGUUCGAUGACAACUCAAUCAUGGUGUGGACGAUUGGCACCUGGGAGUGUUGCCGAGUACGGGAGAAGCAGCAUCGCCGGGUCGGUGCGCUGUUAGUGUUGGGUGACCGGGUGGUAUCUGGCUCAGACGACAAGAGGGUUCGUGUUUGGAAGGCCACGCCGUGA